CACCCCUGAGCAAAUGUAAUAGUAGUAUCGCAACCCUCCACGGUUUAAUAGCGUUGAAGUAGCGUCGAUUCGCAGUACCUUUCAAGGGAGAUAGCAAGCGUGUUUCUUGAUUGUAUAACUGCAUACGCUUUUCAUUAAAGUUGGUGACCCAGUUUAACAAAAAAAAUGGACAUCAGGUUCCUUCUUGUUUUUGCUAUCGCCGGUUUAAUGGCAACCGGUUUAACAGCGAGGAUCGGAUUUUUGGGAAGAAUUGCUCAAGUUUUAUUAGCUUGUGCCCUUAUACCAUUAAUUUGUAAAUUUCAUCGAAAGAUUUACGUUAUUUUAAAGACACUGCCAAGGGAUAUCAAAUUUCUCUAUCGGUAUGUAAACGCUGAUCGAGAUCUGAAAAGUUUUGUUAAAAAUAAUACAACGGUUAUGAAGAUUUUCCGAAAACGUGCACGGCUUUAUCCGAAUAAACCAUGUUUCUUUUUUCAAGGAUGUACUUGGACAAACGAAGACAUCGACAAGUACAGUAAUCGAAUAGCAAAUGUUUUUAAAGAAGCUGGAUAUGGUAAAGGUGAUGCAGUAGCUUUAAUGAUGCUUAACAGGCCAGAAUAUAUCGCAACUUGGCUUGGAUUAGCAAAAUUAGGAAUGAUAACAGCUUUGAUCAAUACUAAUUUGCGUCAACAAUGUUUAAGCCAUUGUUUGACCAUAGCCAAAGUUAAGAGCAUCAUUUACACCGAGGAAUUUUCUUCAGCAAUCGAAGAAAUUUCGGAUACCAUUAAAGGAAUAACCAAGUAUAAACACGGCGGUAAUAUCGAAGGUACCAGCAAAGAUGUCACAGAUUUGGAUAAAUUAAUAGCAGAUGCUAGUACUACAGAACCAGAGGUUGAUAAUGAGCCUGGUUAUAAAGAUGAUUUGUUGUAUAUAUAUACCAGUGGUACAACUGGUUUACCCAAAGUAGCUAUUGUACCAAAUUCGAGAUUCCUACUCGUCAUAACAGCAACUUAUCAUAUGCUAGGAUUGAGGAAAAAUAGUGAUAUCUUAUAUAAUCCUAUUCCGUUAUAUCAUAUGUCUGGUGGAUUAGUAGGAACGGGUUGUGCACUUACCAAAGGUAUUCCAAGUGUUUUGAGAAGCAAAUUUUCUGUCAGCGCUUAUUGGACCGAUUGUAUCAAAUAUAAAUGCACCUUAGCACAAUAUAUCGGUGAGAUGUGUCGAUAUUUAUUAAAGGCCCCACCACGACCGGAAGACAGUGCUCAUUCGAUAAGACUUAUGGUCGGAAAUGGUAUGAGACCACAAAUUUGGCAAGAAUUCGUAGAUCGUUUUAAGAUAGAACAAAUUACAGAAGUUUAUGGAUCGAGCGAAGGCAACGCUAAUAUCGUUAACGUUGACAAUCAAGUUGGUGCAGUUGGUUUUGUUCCAUCGAUAUUACCGAAAUUUCUUCAUCCAGUUGCUCUUAUUCGCGUUAAUCCUGAUACGUGCGAACCGGUUAGGGGUAAAGACGGAUUAUGCAUACGAACCGAAAUAAACGAGCCAGGUAUGCUCAUAGGAUUGAUAAAACAAGGAAACGCGGAGAGAGAAUUUAAUGGAUAUUUGGAUAAGGAAGCAUCGCGGAAGAAAGUAGUCGAAAAUGUAUUCUGCAAGGGUGACAAAGCUUUCCUUUCAGGUGAUAUUCUAGUACAAGAUGAAUUUGGAUACUUUUAUUUCAAGGAUAGAACAGGUGAUACUUUCAGGUGGAAAGGUGAAAAUGUAGCUACUGCUGAGGUAGAAGGUGUUAUCAGUAACGUUGCUGGAUACAGAGAUGCAACCGUUUACGGAGUACAGAUACCAGGUGUCGAAGGAAAAGCUGGAAUGGCAGCGAUAGUAGAUCCAGAAAGUUUAAUUGAUUUUAAAGCGCUUGCUGAGGGCUUGGACAAAGCUUUGCCUUCUUACGCCAGACCAAUUUUCUUAAGGAUUGUCAAAGAAUUAGAAAUGACGGGCACGUUUAAAUUGAAAAAAAUUGGUCUUCAAAAUGAGGGAUUCGAUCCGAAUAAGAUUCAAGAUAAAGUGUAUUUCCGAUCGGAUAAAGAAUACGUCGAAGUUACACCCGAAUUAUAUCAACAAAUUAUAUCGGGAACUACCAAGUUGUAAUUAGCAGUAUUUGCCCUUUUUCCCACCACCCCUCUUUGUUUUUGUUGUUGUUUUUUUGUUUUUUUUAUAAUGGAAAUUCUUCUAUGUAAAACUGAUGAAUAUCGAAUUAGGACGCAUGAAUUAGGCAGCUUUAUUAACGCAUUAUUAUACUGAUUCGAGUUACAUACGAGAAACCAUUUUUGAAUGGGCAUUUAAAUAAUUUAUCAUCUCGUAAUGCACAUAACUAUUAUCAUUGUAAGACGUGAAUAUAAUCUCACGGUAUAUCUUAAAUAUACCGAAUUAUAUGUGAGAGGAAGUAUAAUCUUAUGGUAUUUAAAAAAAAAAAAAUAUUCAUCGAAUAUGCGCAGAUUCGAAACCUGCAGGAUUUAGUAUAAUUAUCGAUUUCUAUCUAUUACAAAAGGGAAAUCAAAAUCUUGUAAAUUGAUUGAUAAUUUGAUAAAAGAAAAUAAAAAGAAAUCAAUUUACUGCUAGUCGUAAACUUUGCGUAGAUAAUAAUAAAUUAAAAGGAAAU